AUGGCCAAGUCGCUGCGUAGUAAUAUCAAGCGGAAGCUCCGGCGGUUGAAACGGGGCAAGCUCGCCACGACCGUGCAGGAAAAGGAGCGGGAGGACAAGAAGCAGGACGUCCUGGCGGCCAUUCUGGCGGGCCCGAAGGAGAAGGUGUACGACCCCCUGGACGACCAGGACCUGUCGAAGUUCAAGCGACCGGAGCGCAUGGAGGAGGAGGGCGCCGAGGGCGAGUCGGACGACGGCGCGAAGUACACCAAGGGCCUCCGCGGCCUCAACCUGCGGCUUGCCAAGCGCGCCAUCAGCAAGAAGGUGCGCAAGAGCGCGGUGAGCGCGAAGCGGGCCGCGAAGCUCGGGCCGGUCGGCCAGCCCUCGUGGCGGACGGUGCCGGGCGUGGGCAAGCGCGGGCGGCGCGGCGGACGCAUGCAGGUCGACUGA